AUGGCUCCUGUUCGAUCCAUCAAGAAGCAGACAGCUGCGAAGAAGCCUACCAGUGGACGCGGGGUUGUCCCCUCGACCAAGUCCAGUCUCUUCGAAGAUGACUUCAGAACGUCCAAGAAGGACAAGCGCUUGAUCAAGCACUCCAGCUUCAUGUCCAAGAUCGAAAAGAACUCGAACAAGACCCCUAAGCGUCGACGAGCUUCGAAGAAGCUGGCUGCCAACCUCGACUCUCUGGCCGAUGCUUUGCCGGAAACCGAGACGGAUUUGAACAACCCGGAAAGCCAGGUGAAUGUCAUCAAGCAAAAGACCUUGAGACAUAAGCCGGGGGCUAUGAAGCGUAGAGAAAAGCUGGAAAAGUUGGAACGGGAUAGGUUUGCAAAGAACAUGGCCCAGAUGUCCAGCAUUCAAGCACCUGCAGCUACCACCGCAGAGCAAAACACUGCAGCGGACUCGACGUCCAACCGAUGGGCGGCAUUGCGAGGCUUCAUUUCUCAGACAAUGGAGCAGCAGCCAGUAUUCAAGACGAACAAGUGA